GGCGGCGGCGGCGGCGGGAGCGCGGGGCCGGAGGAGGCGGGGAAGAUGGACCCGGCGCCCUCGCUGGGCUGCAGCCUGAAGGAUGUGAAGUGGAGCUCGGUGGCCGUUCCGCUCGACCUGCUGGUCAGCACUUACCGGCUGCCCCAGAUCGCGCGGCUGGACAGCGGAGAAUGCAUCGAAGGGCUGCGGGAACAUGACUACCUUCUGAUUCAUUCGUGCCGUCAGUGGACCACCAUCACUGCCCAUAGCUUGGAGGAGGGGCACUAUGUCAUUGGGCCAAAGAUUGAGAUUCCGGUACAUUAUGCAGGGCAAUUCAAGCUACUGGAACAAGACCGAGAUAUAAAGGAGCCAGUGCAAUAUUUCAACAGUGUGGAGGAGGUGGCUAAAGCAUUUCCUGAACGCGUGUACGUCAUGGAGGAAAUAACAUUCAACGUGAAGGUUGCUUCAGGUGAAUGCAAUGAAGAUACAGAAGUUUACAACAUCACCCUAUGUACAGGGGAUGAACUCACACUAAUGGGCCAGGCAGAAAUCCUGUAUGCAAAGACUUUCAAGGAGAAGUCACGACUCAACACCAUCUUCAAAAAGAUUGGGAAGCUCAAUUCCAUCAGCAAGCUGGGAAAAGGCAAAAUGCCGUGCCUCAUUUGCAUGAAUCACCGGACCAACGAGAGCGUCAGCCUCCCAUUCCAGUGCAAGGGCCGGUUCAGCACGCGGAGCCCCCUGGAACUUCAGAUGCAGGAGGGCGAGCACACCAUCCGCAACAUUGUGGAGAAAACCAGGCUUCCCGUGAAUGUGACGGUGCCCAGCCCUCCACCGAGAAACCCGUACGACCUCCACUUCAUCCGCGAGGGGCACCGCUACAAGUUUGUGAACAUCCAGACCAAGACCGUGGUGGUCUGCUGUGUGCUGCGGAACAACAAGAUCCUCCCCAUGCACUUCCCUCUGCACUUGACCGUCCCCAAGUUUAGCCUCCCGGAACACCUGGUGAAGGGGGAAGUGUGGCCCGAAACCCUGGUCCAUCACUGGCUGGGUAUCUGCCAAGAACAGUUCGACAUCGAUGAGUAUUCACGGGCGGUCCGCGACGUGAAAACGGACUGGAACGAGGACUGUAAGAGUCCCAAGAAGGGCCGGUGCACUGGCCACAACCACGUGCCCAACUCCCUCAGCUACGCUCGCGACGAGCUCACCCAGUCCUUCCACCGGCUCUCGGUCUGUGUGUAUGGCAACAAUCUCCAUGGCAACAGCGAGGUGAACCUCCACGGCUGCAGGGACCUGGGGGGAGAGUGGGCCCCCUUCCCUCAUGACAUCCUGCCCUAUCAGGACUCGGGUGACAGUGGGAGCGACUACCUUUUCCCAGAAGCUAGUGAAGAAUCGGCGGGCCUCCCGGGGAAGUCAGAGCUCCCUUAUGAAGAGCUGUGGCUGGAGGAAGGCAAGCCCAGCCAUCAGCCUCUCACGCGCUCCCUGAGCGAGAAGAGCAGGUGUGAUCAGUUUAGAGGUUCUGCCCGGUCCAAGUGCGCAACUUCUCCCCUUCCUGUCCCCGGAACUCUGGGAGCAGCAAUGAAGUCUUCAGAGAUUGCCCUACCUCCACCUCCAGUGCCUCCCAAAUCUGAAGCCGUCAGGGAAGAAUGCCGGCUCCUGAACGCCCCACCUGUUCCGCCCCGAAGCGCAAAGCCUCUGUCCACCAGCCCCUCCGUCCCUCCUCGCACAGCCAAGCCGGCGCGGCAGCAGACUCGCUCUCCCAGCCCCACCUUGUCCUACUAUUCUUCAGGGCUGCACGACAUCGUCACUAAAAGUGACACGAGCCCCCCCGAAAGUGCUCCCGUUUCCUGCUACCCGUGUCACCGAGUGAAGGCGGAUGCCGGGGACCCGAAGUCCCCGUUUGGAAGUCCGUCUGCGGAAGCGCUCUCGUCGCGCCUCUCGUGGCCCAACCAUUACUCGGGCUCAUCGGAGACCCAGACCAGAAGCGACUUCCUGCUGGACCCCAGCAGGAGUUACAGCUACCCGCGGCAGAAGACGCCAGGCACACCAAAGAGAAACUGCGCGGCGCCCCUCGGUCGGGACGGCUGCGAGCUGGGGGCCAGCCCGCCCCGCGCCGCCGCCGCCGAGCUCAGCGGCAGCGCCCCCGGCUGCCCCAAGUCGGCCAGCUACUCCCUGGAGAGCACGGACGAGAAGGCUGCCGCCGCCGGCCGGGCCAAGCAGAGCGUCUCCUGCCCUGCCUUACCGCCCAGGGCCCCGAAGCCGGUGGAAGAGAAAGCCGCCUCCGAACCUUGUCCUUUGCCUCUGAAAAUCGAUGGUGCUGAGGAAGAGCCCCAGUCUGGGUCCCCGGACCUCUCCGAGGACCCCUGCUUUGUCCCAAGGGGCCUGCAGGACCUCUUCUCCGUCUCCUACCCCUUCUCCUCCCCGCUGCACCUCCAGCUGGCCCCGCGGUCCUGCGGCGACGGCUCCCCGUGGCAGCCGCCCGCCGACCUGUCGGGACUGUCCAUCGAGGAAGUGGCCAAGUCCCUGCGCUUCAUCGGCUUGUCCGAAGACGUCAUUUCCUUCUUCGUCACCGAAAAGAUUGACGGGAAUCUGCUGGUUCAGCUCACGGAAGAAAUCCUUUCGGAGGAUUUCAAAUUGAGCAAACUGCAGGUGAAGAAAAUCAUGCAGUUCAUUAACGGCUGGAGGCCCAAAAUAUAGCCGGAUCACCCCGGCUAGCAGUGAGCAGAACUGAAAAGAGUGCGCGCCAGAGGGGGCGGGCUGGGACCCAGGUUCCUGUUUUUUGCACUAAAAACCUUCUCUGUAAAUAGGGAUAAGAGAAAACUCUUACUAUGCAGAUUAACGUUUUUGAAUGGUGAACAGGCUAUUUUGUACAUCAAUAAAAAUGCUGUACAGAACACUUACUUAGAGGUGUGCCUUGUACGUCACUCAACACUCAACAGCUGCUAAAAGACAAAAGGCAUGUUCAGAGAAAUAAUUCUUACCCAAGUAGGUUUAUGUGAGAAGGUGAUAUUUAUUUACAAAAUAGCCAAAGCUGAAUGACAUCAGAAUCUUUAAAACAAACAAAAAACAAAAAACAAACAACCACUUUUGAACAAUUCCCUCCUUUGGGAGAAUCAUCUUUAGAUUAUUAACUCUCUCCUGUGCUCUGUUGUUUGGAUUGCUCAAAUGCUAAUGUUUGACUCUUGUGCCUGAAAAUGUUAGUGAUAUGAAAUGACACUUCAAUGUUAUGUGCUCAGUAGGGAUCUUUUUAUCAAAAGACGUUUUCCAAAAGUCAUGUGCUGGUAGAGGAUCUGUGACGUCCUUAGAAAUAAUACAGAUCAUGACCACAAUAAUUUACCUGUAACUGCUGCUAAUUUUAUCAAGCAGAGAAAAAAACAGAAUAUAUACAUGUAGGUAUAUAUCUAUACACAAUACAAACGUAUAUGUUUUAAACAUCAUUAUGGGCCUGAUAUUUUAGGUAACAUCUGUUCACUUUCAAAUAUCCACUGAGGUUUGGGGCUGGUAAUUAACUAAGCUGACUCUUUGAGGAAGAGUGGACAGAAUGAUUCCAAAGAUUCUCAUAACCCUGUCCCUCGGAGCGCAGUUUUUCAGACUUUGUCAUGGCAAACUUGGAACAAAUCAGUACAGAGUCUGUAGUGAAGAAUUAAAUUUGAUUUUAAACCUAUUAUAGGCUGAGUUUUGCAUAGAAUAUCCCCAUGCCGAUGUCUGGGGAAAUGACAGUUUCUGCCGAGUGAUAAUUCUCCUCUGGUUUAAGGGUCUUAUUCUCCUGGUGUCUGAUGGUGAGGGGUCUGGAGAGCGGUUCUCAGAGCCUGUUAGGUGUUCACAACGUGCUUGGUGUUUCAGGAGAGCUCAGAAAUCAGAUGCACCAUCUUCUGUUAUUAGCUGUGCUACAUCUGUCGAGUAAUUUUUAAAGUAUCAGUGGGAGGUACUUGUUUAGUUCAUACACCUCUUCUUCCCUCUCUUCCGAAGAAGAUACAUGAAUGCUAUACUUCAUUCCAAGAAUCUCAGGACCCAGUCUGACAGUUUUUGCCAAACAUGAUUAAAUAUUCCAAAAUAUAAUAGCAUCAACAUUGUUCUUGACUUUUUAAAGGAAUAUAAAUCGUAGACAAGUUUUAGUUCUCUGAGCAGGGUAUCACCCAUAGCCUUGCCUCCCCCUGCGGAGUCUGUCCCCACAAUCCGGAGGUACAGACAGCCAACCAGGUGUCAGCAUGACUUGCAGGACUGACCCGUAGGUUAUUUGUCCUUCCUGCUCACCAAAAUAAAUACCCAGUUGUAAAGACAAGACCCACCAGUCUAGUUUUGCAGACCUGUUUGGUAUGGCUUCAUUUCUCAGCAUUAAAGAUAUUUUUAAUCCAGCUCAUUGUUUAGAAUUCAGGUGAAUUGAUACCUAUUCUCAUUUUCCGUCUUAAAUCUUUUUUUUUAAAGGCAUUUUCCCCCAACGUAUCUCCAAAAGUGUAAAUACUAUACUCUAGGUUAGAAAUGCCCCCAUAAACAGAGUACCCCAUAAAACUUGUCCAAAUCGGGUACCUCUUCAAAAGUAACUGACAGAUCUAUGGAGAAGCUUCUGGUACUGGACUCCAUGACUCGCAUGCUAAGAAAGCAUCCUUCUAUGUGAGGGGCAACUCCCUUAGUAAAGUUAACCUCUCAGAACUUUCCUUUAAAAUAAAAACAGAUAUGGUUGAAAAGUUGCAAGGUUUCUUUGGCAAAACUUUGCUGAAUCCGGUUAUGAAUACUUAGCCCUUGGACACAAUUCUCAAAUUCCAGAGAGGAACAGGGUUGGCUUGAGUUUCCUAUCAAGGUUGCCCCACAUAAACAGCUGAUUACUUUUAUCUUUUUUCUUUUCACUUUUUCUUUCGUAAGAACUUGACACAAGGUCAUUUCUAUUUUUUGUCUUGGCGUAUGGAUGUUGGGUUUAUAUUGGUGGCAGUGUGGGGACUCCUGAGGACAAGGACUAUGGCCUUUCAUUCACGUACUCGAAAUUCACUGAGCACCUUCUUUGCGCUGGGCAUUAAGCUGGCACGACUUGCCGGUGCUGGAAAAAAAGACACAGUUCUCUUGGAACUCAUAAUGUUUAUAUUUUAAAUCACAGUUGUUGAGACUGGGGAUGUGUAAGAGAGACGUGAAAUCUUCUGGGCAGUUGGAUGUUAAGUCGGAGAGUUAAGUGUGGACUUUCAGGAAUCCACAGACGAAGAAAUAGUAUCCUCUAUUAAAGGGAUAAAAGAAACACCAUAAGACCAUUAAAACUUGGAAAAGUGUCAGAAGCAGGAAAUAUCUCUAAUGCCCAGUGGCUAGUGUUCUUUUUUACUGAUUGGAAUUUUUAAAAUUGGUAAUAAAUAUCUUCUGGCAUGUCUAAAGUCACACUGCACCCUGAUCGAUAGCGCAGGCGUAGUCAGAGAAUGAUGAUGAGAAACACCACAUGGGGAGAGAGCGAACAGCCUUUCCCUUCUGAGAGCUGUGUUUUGCAGCAAAAAGCGGUGGAUAGAGAUCCCCGCAGGCAGAACCUUUUCUAACCAACCAGGCCAUCUGGCAGCUUCCCUGCAGUCUGUGUACUGACCCCUGUGCUUGGGAGAAAGUGUCCAAACAGGACUUUUCUGGGUCCUUAAGUUCACGGCUAAAACCAUGUUGACCCCCAUCAGAAAAAAUCAGCAAUAAACCAAACCAAGCAGCUGAAAUGUAAAAUGUGGACCCAACUCAUGUUGGGAGCGAGAACUCAAAACACUCAGAUCAAUUCCUUCUCAGAAUCUCGUAAACGCCUGCAAGUUCUCUCUUUUCAGUUGAGCUGCUCAACUUUAUGAACUGUGAAAUUUACAUUUAGACGCUUUGAACCCACAUACACCAUUCAGGCUUAUGAAGUUGCAGCGAGCUGCCCAUUCGACUAAAUUGCAGUGUUUAUUCUUGUCUCAUGUAGAAAUGAAACGACGAUCUUACGGGGAAAUGUUAUGACUGUUCAUUCCAACUGUUUUCCAACAUGUGUGUAAACGCCCUCUGCUCACAUUCCAGAACCACCUACACAUCGUCCACACGGCUCCUCCAGACGUUCAGCGGGGGGGGGGGGGGAUCAACUGAGGGUCCUUCAUUUUUCCAAACAGUUUGUGUAAUGCAUCGCUGCUCAUCAUGCCUAAAGAGUGUGAAAUUAACGUUUUGAAUAAUAAACUGGAAAAUGAGACAGUUCUCCCAAGACCCUUGGGAACUGUUCAAAGAAAAUUCCAACGUCAGUCCACCAGAAAAGUGAAGUGUGCUGUUGGGCACACAAGACCUUCAAAAACUAUGACCAUUAUAUCAAUUCCCACUCUUUCUAGUAGCAGGAAGGCACCAGGCUGCUAGGGCUAAGAAAAGUAAAAUGCCCAGGAUGCCAAUGAUGGAAAGUAAGACUGUUAUACUGUGGGCUUGUAACGUGGUGGAAUUCUUACGGCCACUUCUCAUUGAAUCACAUCAUUUCGUCUUCAAAACAUGGUGUUUUAAAAUGUGUCUCAUUGUGAAAGCCAAAAACAAAGGGUAAACGUGAUUCCUGUUAAAACUAGGUAACAAUAUCUUCUGUCAUUUUGCUGCUCUGUCGAAUUUUUAGGCUAUGAAUUUUGUAAUGAGCUUAUCAGAGGACGAAUUUCCUUCAUUUACAAUCUCAUGUCAUAGGGCUCGGAUCACCUCUCAGCUAUAAACCCCUUCUCCCACUUUCAUAUGAAGUUCCAUUUAAAAUAAAGCCUAGAAAUUGAACUCACGUAAUCAAACAUUUGGGAGUUUUCCUCGACUUCUAUAAAAGUGGUAUAUUCUUUUCCAAGGAUUUUGUAACCAUCUUUACAGUCUCUUUGCUUGGAAAACUGGGGUUGUUCACUACCAGUUAACAGUUGCAUUAUUUCCAGAGCAUUAUCCAUGGGCCCAUUGUGUACCUCAAGAUAAACAUGGUAUGUUAUGUCUAAAACAAAAACUGUUGUUGAUUUAAAUGGUUCUGAAAUGUCUAUAAAUAAAAUGUUAAAAAUU